CAAUCAGAUUCCUUCAUUUCUAUCCCCACUACUCGUUCUGCGAGGAUCGCAUAGUGCGUAAAACAUGAUGCAUAAUGUGUCGAAAAAUUCGUAAGGAUGAAUUUUUAUGCUUAUUGAUGGUUAUCGAUGCGUUAUGUAGACUAGUUCAGAGAUUUGUGAAGGUUUGUACAUUGAACAGACUACUGCCUUUUAACCUAAAAUAUUUAAGAAAAAUGGAUCACGACGCUUAUUACAUGGUCCAUUACGAGGAUGAUAACGAAUUUGAUACUCAAAAUGUGGUGGACGAAGACAUAACCUUUAUGAAUGAAGAUUCUGUGGAUGGAGAUGCAAUCCUUAUCUCCUUAGUUCAAAGUCAUCCUUACUUAUAUAACAAGCAAUUAAGUGACUUUAAAGACAGCCUGAAGAAAGAAAAUGCUUGGAUAGAGAUAGCCAAAAUUUUAAACAUGAAAGUAAUCCUUACGGCACAUUCUCCACUUAUUGAAAAUUAAUAUAUACAAGAGUGUGAGAAUAUAUGUGGUACUGCUAGUUCAAAUGUUAACGUUAACAUUCUAUAUAAACAAUAAUAAAGCCAAAAUGGAUUGAUGAAUAGCUCAACACAAAUAAUAACACAAACAUCUGUCAUAGUGGAUACUGGUACUAUAUUUUUGCUUUGUCCAAUAUUGGUGUUAUGUUAAAAAAUAUGUAGAUUGCAACUGAUUUCACAU